AUGCGCGAGCUCGAUUCACUCAUCUCGGAGUAUCAACAUGAAAGACACCUCCCCAGAGAAUCCGAAGCGCUGUUGAUGCUUCGGAAAGUCGCUUCGCUGGUUAAACCAAUCAUGCGACAACGGGCGUGGCGAGUAGGAACACUCUGCGAAUUUUAUCCUCAUCAACGGAACCUCCUGGGCUUGAACGUGAACGCCGGCCAGAAGAUCUGUCUGAGAUUACGAUAUCCCUCUGACCAGUGCCAAUUUCUACCUUUGGAACAUGUGGUGGAUACGAUGUUGCAUGAGCUCUGCCAUAUUGUACAUGGCCCGCAUAACCGAAAUUUCCAUGCUCUCUGGAACCAGUUACGUGAUGAGCAUGAAGAGCUGGUCAUAAAAGGAUACACUGGGGAGGGCUUCCUUUCGCAAGGCAGAAGACUAGGUGGUCGUAAGAUACCUAUGGAAGAAGCUCGUAGACAAGCUCGAGCAGCGACAGAGCAGAGAAGGAAACUUGCCGCGGGGUCAGGGCAAAGACUAGGCGGUGUACCGGUACUACGAGGAACAGACAUGCGCAAGGUAAUCGCUGAUGCUGCGCAACGGCGGACAGAUGUGACCAAUGGUUGUGCCUCAGGUCGUGGUAAUACUAACGACCUUGCUGAGGAGGCAUCCAAGAACGGUUUCAGGACUAAAGCAGAAGAAGAAGAUGCUAACGAACAAGCGAUUAUGCAAGCUUAUAUCGAGUUGAUCCAGCAAGAAGAACGGGAAAGAUAUGGCCCUUCUUAUAUCCCCCCAAGCCAAGGCAAUCCAGCUGGACCUCGAUCUAUUGCAUCUCCUCCCCCGGUUUUGGAGAGCAGCAGCCAUCCUACUUCAUCGCCAGCACCGCCAGCACCCGAUCCAGCCGAUCUCAUAUCUGACAGCCGUGCUUAUAAUCAGCCUUGGACAUGUCCUAUUUGCACGCUCGAAAAUCCACCCAACUUCCUAUGUUGUGAUGCAUGCGCAGUAGAGCGACCCCGGCCGUCUAAUUCAAGGCUGGUUUCAGGGCCAGCUACCGCAACCUCCGAAGCCACAACGCCUCGCGGCAGAAAUAAGCGGACACUGAGCGAAACUGGCAGCAAGCCAAAUUUCAAGAAUCGAACGAAGGCCGCCAAAUCACUUGCUGAUAUAGAGAGAAACGUGCAGAAACGUCCGUUAGGCUGGGUCUGCCAUUCCUGUGGAUCUUUUAUGGAAACAGAAUAUUGGACAUGCUCGAAUUGCGGGUUGAUGAAGCAGUCCUCAUAA